CCUCAGCAGAUCGUCAAAGACUUUUUUUUUAAACUUUAAAAUAAAAGAGGCAUAUCUGAGUACAAACCAACAGAUCAGUUCACAUAGCACUGAUUCAGAAAAGGGCUUUGUGUGGAUCCCAGCAUACAGAAAACAGCAAACCAUGUCAUCCGGAGCUUUUCACAAAAUCCAAAAACCCCUUCUAUUGAGUAUUUUUGUUCUUGGAUGCUUUGUGACUGCCUUUUUGAUGUAUUAUAAGCCCUCCACUAGCUGGUUUAAUGAUCUGGUGAAGUUCUCAGAUUCUGCUAAUCCCAACCACGUCUUUGAUACCAAAAAGAAUUACACAAACUUUACCAUUGUUCUUGUUUGGCUCCUGCCCUUUGGAAGCACCCAGAAAAUGGACAUCUGCAGCUCUGUCUUUAACAUUGAGGGCUGUUUUAUUACAGCCGACCGAAGGUUCUACAACCAGUCUGAUGGGGUCGUUUUCCACCACAGAGACAUUCAUGGGGACUUAUCCAACAUGCCAAAAUUACAGCGACCCCCAUUGCAGAGAUGGAUUUGGAUGAACAUGGAGUCUCCAUCAAACUCACGCAAGCUGCCUAAGAUUAACAACUUGUUCAACCUGACUUUGAGUUACCGCCAGGAUUCGGACAUCCCCGUACCUUCUGGAUUGUUAAAGGAAACAGAAACUCUGGAGGACUUUGUGCCACCAAGCAAAAACAAACUGGUCUGUUGGAUUGUCAGCAACUGGAAUCCAAAUUAUAAGCGGGUGAAAUAUUAUCAAGAAUUGCAAAAGCACAUUAAUAUCGAUGCAUAUGGAAGUGCUUUUGGCAAAUACAUUUCUAACAAAGAUUACAACCCUACUAUAUCUAGCUGUAAAUUCUAUUUGUCCUUUGAGAACUCAGCCCACAAGGACUACAUCACUGAAAAACUGUACAACCCCCUGUCUUUGGGCACAGUGCCAGUGGCUCUCGGCACAAGCAGACAGAACUAUGAGAACUUUGUUCCAGGAGAUGCUUUUAUCCAUGUGGAUGAUUUCAAAUCACCCAAAGAGCUGGCCGAGUACCUGCUCCUCUUGGACAAGAACCAGGAACUUUACCUCUCAUACUUUAAAUGGAGAAAGCACUUUGUUGUCAAAAAACCCCAUUUCUGGGUAGAGCACACAUGCAAGGCUUGUAAAUACAUAAGACAGCAUAAAGAAUACAGGGCAAUCAAUAACCUUAAUGAGUGGUAUUGGGGCUGAUGGUCCUCAAAUGGGCUAUGCAGUACUCUACACUGCUUUAAAAAGUAGUACUCCCGCCUCAUGGAGAAGUUAGUAGGCCUAGACAAACAUUUAUCUGUAAAUGUGAAGUAAUUUUAAAACAGCGGUUCAGUCAAAAAAAAAAAAAAAACACCACACAGAGUUAAAAGUUAAAUGUGUAGUUUAUGCUAAAAAAAAUUACAUUUAAAUAUUUUUGUCCAUUUGAUUUGCAUUGCUCAACCAAUAGAUAUGUUUAAAGAAAUCUAUGACUGAAUACUACUGUAAUAAUUACUCACAUAGGGGAUAACUUCCUUCCUUCCUUGGCAAUUGUUUGAACCAUAACUUCAUAUCUAAGUAAAAAAAACAAAAUACAAUUCGAGGGGACAGAAUAGGGACAAUGUUUGUAAUAUCAGGUGAAAGAGCAUAUUGUGUUUUUAUGUUUGAAUUUGUUUGAAUCAGAUGGAAAUCAGUUGGCAAUACCUUGUUGAGAAGGAUGUGCCAAAAUUAAUCAACAUUGGUCUGUCCAACAGAUUUUUCAUUGCAUGAAAACAACACUUUGUUUUGUGAAUGGACAUUUUGGGAAAAGGGCCUGUCAAUUUUUAUAUAUUUUCCAUAUGUAAUCUUUUGAAAUAAUGGAGAGAAUAAAUAUUCAGGUAAAUACUUUUGUGAAUCUUGUCUUUGCUCUGCUUGUUUUGAUCCUCAUGUGAUAUUGGGAGCUGCAUAUGGGGAUCUUGUGUGCAUGAAUGGAUGACAUAUGUGAGCUUGUUAAUACUGAGACUCUUCUAGCUUCAUAAUUCAAGGAGUGAAUAUUAAA